AUGCCGAAGACUGCGGUCUUCACCACAAUCACCCCGCUGCCAGCGGGGAUCACGCGCAAGAGUGUGCUUGACAUGUACAAGGAUCAUCUUGCGAUGAUUGAUCUGAACCCGUUGGUAGUCGAACGCUACAAGUGCAAGCCUCCGACGUACGCCCCAACCUCAGAGUAUUAUGCAACAUGGUACACGAUCAAAGAUAAGGUCUCAUAUUUGCCUGGAGGUCUGGCGACAGGCUCGGUGUCAUAUCAUGCGGUAUUUCACGAUUUUCCUGAUAGUCUUGAAACUCACGUCUACGCGCCGCUUGGUCUUGAUAUCCGAGGCAAGUGGAGCAUAGGCGGGUCACUACCUGGAGAGCCAAAGGAACACUCGGAACCCGGACUCAAGGUCCCUCGCUCAGGGCUCUAUAUCCGCGAGGAGGUCAAAAUGACAUGUUCCAAGCUGCUAAUGGGCUUUGUCAAGAGAACCUUUAAAGAUUCGCAUUCACAACUUGUUGAGAAGCUUGUCGAAAGGGCGCAUAUACUGGAGUCAAACGCAGCGAACGAACGACUGCAGGCACUGCGAAACGUCGAGCCACGGGAACGAAUGGGCCACGGCGACAUAUUCAUCGCACCGCCACCAGACUACCAGUUUGACAAGUUCGGACCACCCCCAUACAAAGCACAAGCUUCGCCUCGCUUCUUGCCACAUUCGCGAAGUCAGAGCGCCAGCCCAAUUCUCACACCAGGUCUUUCGCCGUCGUCUUCCGUGACUGAGCGUAGUGCAUCAGUUGCGAGCUUGCCUGCACAGUCAGACCGCCCGUCCUCUUCGCAUUCAGUACUGAGUCGGAAAGUAGCUUCCGUGCCUGAACAGGGUCUCUAUCUAUUGCCCGCGACUACAUACGAUGGUGGGCUGUCUUCGAGCUUCAAUCGUCCGAUAUCACUUUACCCUGGUAGCACAUCUCACCCGCCGUCAAAUCGCGUGGUGUCUAUAUACUACGAGACAAUGGUAGACGAAGGGCCGUCAGACGACGAGUCUGAUGAUGGACCUGGGCCUACUUCGAGCCACGUUGUUAGCCCACCACACAUCUCUGUAGUACGCCCCAUUUCUUUCAACUUUGCUUUCGAUCAAAGGUCCUUUGGACCUAAGACUCCUACUCCAAACGAGGAUCUAUUGGCGGACAUAGAUGCCGCCAUUGAUGACAGUUACAUCUACUCCUCUACAGAUGCACAAUAUGACGCGCUGCCUACACCAAACGCACUCAAAGCAGCUGUUUUGAACGACACGCUCCCUGCUACGACUUAUGAAACACUCCCCUCGACGACAUACACGACCCUUCCUUCGACAACAUAUGCGGUAUCGCCCACUUCCUCUUUCGAUACCCUCCCUUCGACCACAUACAAACCAGAGCCAGCGCGAAUGUCUGACACUCUGCCUUCGACCACAUACAUACCUGAGCCAUAUCUACCAUCGGCGGCAUAUGCACAAAAUCACGAGAGGAAAGACUCGGUUAUACCGUAUCAUGCAUAUUCGGAUCUGCCACCGACGCCGCUGCCCAAGGACGAGAAGUACCUCAAGCCAUCGGUGGUAGCUUUCUAG